AUGGAUGGAAAGAGAGAACAGCAGCAGCAUCAGCAGAGAAGAAACCAGACACUAACAACACUGACUCACAGCAAACGCAAAUCUAAAUUGUUCAGAAUGUCGUCGGGUAAAAGUCACGUAGGAAGGAAAGAUGAUCCAGUGAUGCAGUACCUCCUCGAUCACUCGCUGAGGGAACAUCCAGCCCUCAAAAAACUACGCCAGAAAACCAUGGAGCACAAGCUGAACAUGAUCAUGGUGGCCUGUGAGCAGUCGCAGUUCAUGGCCAAUCUAGCCAGUUUAAUCAAGGUCAAGAAAGCCAUUGAAAUUGGUGUUUACACGGGAUAUAACGCGCUGAGUAUCGCGCUCACCCUGCCUGAAGACGGGAAACUGAUCGCGUGUGACAUCAGUGAGGAAUACAUCAACAUCGGCAGACCUUUCUGGACACUGGCCUGUGUUGAGCACAAAAUAGACGUGCGUCUGAAGCCAGCACUGCAAACUCUGGAUGAGCUUCUGGCCGCUGGUGAAGCAGAGACGUUUGAUUUUGUCUUCAUUGACGCUGACAAAGUCAACUACGACAACUACUAUGAGAAAUCCCUGCAGCUGGUCAGGAAAGGAGGAAUAAUCGCUAUAGAUAACGUGCUGUGGAGCGGUCGAGUGGUGAACCCAGAAGGCGGCGACAUCGACUCCAUCAGCAUUGAUAAACUGAACAAGAAGCUCCAUAAAGACAUCAGAAUCCAGCUGAGCAUGUUAACAGUGGGCGAUGGUCUGACAUUAGCAUUCAAAAUCUGACUUUAUAGUGAUACACAACCAUAACAGACUGAAGAAAAACAUUUGCAGUCAUUUAUUUAGGUUGUUCAACUGAGAAUAUGCGUUGUAAUAAGUUUUGUAAUAAUUGAAAGUUUUGUAUUCAAUUGUUCAGGGUGCCAACUACUGAUUGUUUCUGAAAAUACAUUUCAAAUAUAUGUAUUUGUGGUAUAAUUUUUUCAAUAGACAAAGUUACUGCACUGUAAUCUGGAAUAUUUUAAAUACAUAUUUUGAAUAUUUGGAUCCUGUAAAUCAAAACAAGGCCAUAACCAUGUCUGUUUUUCUUCUUCUUUUUUUUUUUAAGGAACAUUGAAGGAAAUUCCAGUUGGAAAGUAAUCAUUUUAAACUAUUUGCUAAUAAUAGG